AUGGCAGCAACUACAACCACGGCAGCAACUACAACAACUGUUGCUCCAACAACAACAACUGCUGCUCCAACAACAACAACUGCUGCCCCAACAACAACAACUACGGCAGCCACUACAACAACUGUUGCUCCGACAACAACAACUCCUGCCCCGACAACAACAACUACGGCAGCAACUACAACAACUCCUGCCCCGACAACAACAACUGUUGCUCCGACAACAACAACUGCUGCCCCGACAACAACAACUGCGGAGGCAACUACAACCACGGCAGCAACUACAACAACUGUUGCUCCAACAACAACAACUGUUGCUCCAACAACAACAACUGCUGCCCCAACAACAACAACUACGGCAGCCACUACAACAACUGUUGCUCCGACAACAACAACUGCUGCCCCGACAACAAUAACUGCGGCAGCAACUACAACAACUGAUGCUCCCACGACAACAACAGUUGCUCCGACAACAACAACUCCUGCCCCGACAACAACAACUGCGGCAGCAACUACAACAACUCGUGUCCCGACAACAACAACUGUUGCUCCGACAACAACAACUGCUGCCCCGACAACAACAACAACUGCUGCUCCAACAACAACUACGGCAGCAACUACAACAACUGCCGCUAUAACAACAACUACGGCACCAACUACAACAACUCCUGCCCCGACAACAACAACUUUUGCUCCGACAACAACAACUGCUGCCCCGACAACAACAAAAACUGCUGCUCCAACAACAACUACGGCAGCAACUACAACAACUGCUGCUCCAACAACAACUACGGCAGCAACUACAACAACUCCUGCCCCGACAACAACAACUGUUGCUCCGACAACAACAACUGCUGCCCCGACAACAACAACAACUGCUGCUCCAACAACAACUACGACAACUGCUGCUCCAACAACAACUACGGCAGCAACUACAACAACUCCUGCCCCGACAACAACAACUGUUGCUCCGACAACAACAACUCCUGCCCCGACAACAACAACUACGGCAGCAACUACAACAACUCCUGCCCCGACAACAACAACUGUUGCUCCGACAACAACAACUGCUGCCCCAACAACAACAACAAUGGCAGCAACUACAACAACAGUUGCUCCGACAACAACAACUCCUGCCCCGACAACAACAGCUACGGUGGCAACUACAACAACUGCUGCUCCAACAACAACAACUCCUGCCCCGACAACAACAACCACGGCAGCAACUACAACAACUGCUGCCCCAACAACAACAACUACGGCAGCAACUACAACAACUCCUGCCCCGACAACAACAACAGUUGCUCCGACAACAACAACUCCUGCCCCGACAACAACAACUGCGGCAGCAACUACAACCACGGCAGCAACUACAACAACUCCUGCCCCGACAACAACAACUGUUGCUCCGACAACAACAACUGCUGCCCCAACAACAACAACAAUGGCAGCAACUACAACAACAGUUGCUCCGACAACAACUCCUGCCCCAACAACAACAACAAUGGCUGCAACUACAACAACUGUUGCUCCGACAACAACAACUCCUGCCACGACAACAACUGUUGCUCCGACUACAACAACUCCUGCACCGACAACAACUACGACUCCUGCCCCGACAACAACAACUGCGGCAGCAACUACAACCACGGCAGCAACUACAACAACUCCUGCCCCGACAACAACAACUGUUGCUCCGACAACAACAACUGCUGCCCCAACAACAACAACAAUGGCAGCAACUACAACAACAGUUGCUCCGACAACAACUCCUGCCCCAACAACAACAACAAUGGCUGCAACUACAACAACUGUUGCUCCGACAACAACAACUCCUGCCAAGACAACAACUGUUGCUCCGACUACAACAACUCCUGCACCGACAACAACUACGGCAGCAACUACAACAAUUCCUGCCCUGACAACAACAACUGUUGCUCCGACAACAACUCCUGCCCCGACAACAACAACAACUGCUCCGACAACAACAACUGCUGCCCCAACAACAACAACAAUGGCAGCAACUACAACAACAGUUGCUCCGACAACAACAGCUCCUGCCCCGACAACAACAGCUACGGUGGCAACUACAACAACUGCUGCUCCAACAACAACAACUCCUGCCCCGACAACAACAACCACGGCAGCAACUACAACAACUGCUGCCCCAACAACAACAACUACGGCAGCAACUACAACAACUCCUGCCCCGACAACA